UGUGUGUGCGUCAAUUUGAGUGCGCGCCAAAUACAAUCCGCGUAAGUUCACGUAAUCAAAGUACCGAAUGGGCGCGUCCUCAAAAUGUAAAAACGACAAAAUGACGAUUAUAUGGGCGGAUUUAGUGCAUAGUUACAGGGAUCUCAUGGACAACAAGUCCGAUCCCAGGGUGAAUAGUUGGGCUAUGAUGAGCAGUCCAUUUCCAACAAUGGCUAUUUGUCUAUCGUACGCUUAUUUCAGUAAAGUGCUAGGGCCAAGACUGAUGGAAAAUAGAAAGCCCUUCGAUCUACGAAGGAUAUUAAUUUUCUACAACCUCGUACAGACUUUAUUCUCUUCGUGGAUAUUUUACGAGUACUUAAUGAGCGGCUGGGCGAAAGGCUACAGUUUCCGAUGUCAACCAGUCGAUUAUUCAAAUAAUCCUUUAGCUGUUAGAAUGGCAAACACGUGUUGGUGGUAUUACUUUAGCAAGUUCACCGAAUUUUUCGACACGUUCUUCUUCAUAUUAAGAAAAAAGAAUCAGCAUGUGUCAACUCUACACGUAAUUCAUCAUGGCGUAAUGCCUUUUUCCGUAUGGAUGGGAAUGAAGUUUGCACCAGGUGGUCAUAGCACAUUUUUUGCUCUCUUAAACGCUUUUGUUCAUAUUAUCAUGUAUUUCUAUUACAUGGUGGCCGCUAUGGGUCCAAAAUACCAAAAAUAUAUUUGGUGGAAAAAGUACCUCACGACAUUCCAAAUGAUUCAGUUUGUACUGAUCAUGACCCAUCAAUUCCAACUAUUAUUUACCGAAUGCGACUAUCCACGUUCAUUCAUGAUUUGGAUUGGUCUUCAUGGAUUUUUAUUUUUGGGUUUGUUCUCUGAUUUUUAUAAGACAAAAUACACCAUAAAACCAAGGAAGUCACAUCAAAAUGGCACAUCAAAUGGCGCAUGCAUGCCAGUUUUGGAUGAUCCUGUCAAGCCAAAGCAAAAUGGCAUCUCGUCCUAUGCCACAAUUUACAGUAAAGAAUACAAUAGUUGUUACAGUAAUGGUACCAAUAAUGGUUAUGUUGCAAACAAUAAUACGGAGAAGAAACUUGCCUUGCAUUAUAAUAUUAAACAUAGGCCUCGUGUGAAGGCUUUAAAACUCGACAUGGCCCUCGUAAUGCACUACGUGGACCGGUUCCACGAGAUUCUGGAUAAAAAUGCAGAUUCAAGGACAACAGGUUGGUUCUUGAUGAGUUCACCCUUCCCAACGUUGGCUGUAUGUCUCUCAUACAUAUACACAGUUAAAGUUCUAGGACCAAAACUAAUGGAAAACAGAAAGCCAUUUCAACUACAAAAUGUCCUAAUAUUUUAUAAUUUAUUUCAAGUCUUAUUCUCAGCGUGGCUAUUUUAUGAGAUAGGAAUGUCCGGAUGGCUGAACGGGGAGUAUUCUCUAAGGUGUCAGCCGGUAGACUACAGCGACCGACCCCAAGUACUAAGGAUGGUUCACGCUUGCUGGUGGUAUUAUUUCUCUAAAUUUACUGAAUUUAUGGAUACGAUAUUCUUCGUUUUGAGAAAGAAGAACAGCCAUGUGUCCACACUUCAUGUUAUUCAUCACGGAUGUAUGCCAAUGUCAGUGUGGUUUGGUGUUAAAUUUACUCCAGGUGGUCACUCAACUUUCUUCGGUCUUCUGAACACGUUUGUUCACAUUAUUAUGUACACCUACUACCUCCUAGCCGCUUUGGGUCCUAAAGUUCAACCCUAUCUUUGGUGGAAAAAAUAUUUAACUGCCCUACAAAUGUUACAAUUUGUAUUCAUCAUGAUGCAUGCCUUCCAACUUCUCUUUAUUGACUGCAAUUAUCCCAAGGCCUUUGUUUGGUGGAUUGGAUUACAUGCAGUUAUGUUUUUCUUCCUAUUCAAUGAAUUCUAUCAACAGAGUUAUGCUCAAAAGAGAAAUCUCAGGGCAGCUAAACUUUUAACAAUGACGAGGACAACUACAACAAGUAAUGGAAUUGCAAAUGGCAAAAUUGCAAAUGGCACAAGCGAAAAUGGAGUUAAGAGAAAAGAGGCUGCCGAUUAUUAUGUUAAGGGUGAAACAAUUGCCGCGACUGAAUUAAGUCUACGAAAACCCUACGCUUCAAUUGAAUGAUCUCGUCACACAUUUCUAUUAUUAGGUGACUGGAAGAAAAAUUUCCGCGUCCAAUUUGCGGCGGCCGAGAAUCAUUUAUUAUUAAUAAAAAUAAAAAAAUCCUCCGCCAUUUAUCAUCAGCUCAUGGACCUAACUCGCUUUUUGCAAUCGUGCCAUCGGAUCAUCAUCCAAGAAAAAGGAAACUUGGAAGAAGUUAAUUGGAUAAUUACAGUUGACAAUAUAGGAACUAAAGAUAGUUGAAUUAUUCAUAACAUCUUCCAUCAAUAAAAGAUCGUGUUCCAUAUGGGGUGAACCCAUCUCUCGGCUGUGAUGAAAUUGAAAACAAAACAUAAACCCCCUUAAAAAAAAAAAGAAACUAGGAAAUUGACUAUACUAUAUGUAAAAUCGAAGGUGCAAAAAACAAAAACCGUCCUUUUCUUCGAUUUUAGAUAAACCUAUAUAUCUUAUUUUGUUUUCUUUUUACUCUUUUUAAUUUCCUCUAAUUUUCUUUUUUCUUUUCUUCUGAGUUAUCUGACUAGCGGCUCAAGGUGGCACGUUCACCAUCAACUCUUGUACAUAAAAAAAACAAACAAUUACGAACGAAGACACAAUUUCAAAGCUGAAAAAUCACUUGUUUCAAAUGCAGUCGAAACCAAGAUUCAGACGAGCGAGAAAGAAUCGAAAAUGAAAAUUUUUCUUCAAUUUUCUUUAUACAUUUAUAUGUUAUUUCAAAUCGUUUCCCUCGUCUUUGUUUUAGGAUAGACUCUUUUUGUACAUAGAUAGGUUAAUUUUAUACUAUAUAUAAAUAAUAUUGUAAUGCGAAUAAGUGCCUCCUAUUGGAAAUUAAUUUUAUUAAAAGGAAAAAUUCUCUAUUAUCUUAUUGUAGACUAACUUUUUGGCGUAGAAUUUUUCAAGUAUUUAUAUUAUAUAUACUUUAUAUGUGAGAAAGCUUAGAGUUAUUUUUUCAAUGGGAAACCAAACCACACAUCAUUUUGUAUUUUCCAUAUAUGAUCAAUAUGCAUCAAGUGUGUGCAAAAAUGGUCUUAACCCACGUUACAAAUAUUUAACUUUCUAAUUAUUAUUAUUAUUAUUAUUAUUUAUUUAAUCGUUUCUUUGUAAGGUGACAACAAAUUUUUUUAAAAAUCUAUAUAAGUUUUUUUUCAAACAUUUUCAAAGGACUACGAUACUUAAAGAAUCAUUUAUUUUUGUUUCGUGAAAAUUAUUUUGAUCCUUAUAUAUAAUAUAUAUAAUAAAACAAAAGAAAUUGUAUAAUAAACGAAUAUGAUGAAAUUAUAAAGAUAAAAUAUUAUCGAAUCAUUGUAGAUAGUUAGCAGAAAAUGUGUUUUUAUUGCGAAGAAUGUAACAUAGUCAUAAUAUGAAAUUUCAUCAAUAGAGAUAUUAAUCAAUUUUAAUUUGUUCUACUUAAUGAAAAUAUUGAGUUGUUAAAAAAAGAAUUUUUUUAUUUGGUCGAUUAUUAAAUUAUAAACGUAAAUAUGAAAAAAGAAAAAUUUACCAACAAACCAAGUUACAUAUAUUUUGUUGCAAGAAUUUCUUUGUAAAAGAAAACAAAUUUCAGCAAAUUUAUAGUUCAAUGUAUAGAUUCAAAUAUUUAUGACAAGCGAAAUUUAUAACAAAGAUGGAUAAUUUUAAACUUGUGGUUAGUGUAUUUCUAAACAUCUGUCUUUGUACUCUUGUAUAGAUUUUGUUUUUCUCUUUUUAAUCCAAUGUACUUAAGGAAAUAAUACAUUAUUGAUAUAACAAUCAAAUUUUCAUCUAGUUGGUAGAUUAUUUGGAUUUUAUAAUUAUAAAAUAAAUAUGGGUGAGUUUUUCGAAUGCGAAGAAUUUUUAACAAUCAAGUUUUCUCAUAGUUAUUAAUUUAAAAAAAAAAACUCUUGUUUCAAGCGGAUCAUUCUUUACAAAAUAACAACAAAAUACAAAAAUUUGCAUCAAACUGUGAGUUUUGACUUUUUAAUUUUAUCGAACAAUUAUAUAGCAAACAUAUAGGAUGAAUUUUAAACUAAAAUUUGUUUAUCUAAAAGGUAUUACUUGUAUUAUUCCUAGGAAGCCUAAGUUCAUUUUGAUAAAAAAAUGUGAUUUUUAAUAGUCAAACUCAAAUUGCAUUUUUUUUCCUAUUUUUCCAAUUAUAAUUAUAGAUAAAAAUGAAUAAUUAUGUAAAAAUAGUGUUCCUAUUUCAGAAUAUAAAUAUUAUUCCAAAAACAACAGUACAAGAAAAAAAGAAUAAAGAAUGAUUCCGAAUUAUCUAAAAUAUAUCAAAGUGUUCUAUAUUGUAUUAUGUAAAAUUAUUAAAUCAAUGUGUAAUAUUUAUAAUGUUUCUAUAGAAGACGCAAAAGUAUAUAAAAAUCGAGUGUAUAAAAAUACAAUCCACGAAUUAAAUCAGAAAAAAAUCCGACAAUAUUCAUGUGUAUAGAAAUAAAUUACAAUUAGGAUAUAAUAUAAUUAGUUUUGUUAAUUUUAACUAUAUAGCAACGAAAUAAGAAAGUAUAUCUGCAGUGGGCUUCCUAGAAUUCAAUGAGAGAAACAUAUUGUCUUUUUGCGAUAACUAUGCGAUUCUAAUAAAAAUAAAAAAAAAUGUCUCAACACACGAUUUUUGGAAAAUAAAUAGAAUAAUAUUGCAUUUAGAAA